GCCCCCUCUGAUUCACUCCACCAGGCUGCGUCACAGAGAGAGAGACAGGUGGAGAGACAGACAGGUGGAGAGGGGGACACAGGAGACCGACCCUCCAGGACCGACAGACAGACAGACUGCAGGACAGACGGGUGGAGGAGUGAUGGAGCUGUAGACAGAUUUCUGUUUCGUCUCCAUGAUGGAUUUUUAUUUUUAACGUUUUAACGGUCGGACCGGACAGACAGACGGACGGACAGACAGCUCCUCCUCCGCUGCUGCAGAGAGAGGCUCGCGCCGGUCGGUCCGGUUGUCGUCAUGGGAACGGUGCUGUCUCUGUCUCCGGGCUCGCGGAAAAAUGCGGCUCGCGGGCCGGAGAAGCUCGCUGAGCUCGCGGUGCAGAAGCCGCUGGAGCCUCGCGAAGAGGAAGAGGAGAAGGACGGGAAGAAGAAGAAGAAGAAGAAGCAGCGGCACCCGGUGCUGCUGCACGCGCUUAGUUGGAAGAAACGCCUCGUGGCCGCGCGAGCCAAAAGGAAGGGCGGGAAGAAGGUGAAGCCCGCGGUGUCCGAUCCCGGGCACGUGCAGCGGGAGCAGGCGGACACCGACAGCCGCCACAGAGUGCUGAAGGCCGGACACAGACACGGACCCAUCCCGGUACCCGUACCCACCGUGCCGGAACACACCCAGACCCAGACCCAGAACCAGAACCAGAACCAGGGCAGGCCGGAGCUGAUCAUCUCACCCCGGAGGGUGGUGGUGCAGGCAUCUACAGGUGAGCUCCUUCGUUGUCUUUCUGACUUUCUGUGUCGUCGUUGUGUCAAACUGAAGGAGCUGUCGUCCAAUCAGAUCGUGCUGUGGUUCAGAAACGUCGACAGAGCGCUGCUGGUUCAGGGCUGGCAGGACCAGUGCUUUAUCAGUCCUGCAAGUCUGGUCUUCGUGUACCUGCUGUGCAGGGAGGCGGUGGAUGAGGACACAUCUUCAGAGCAGGAGCUCCACGCCACCUUCCUCACCUGUCUCUACCUGGGCUACUCCUACCUGGGCAACGAGAUCUCGUACCCCCUCAAACCUUUCCUGGUGGAGUCCAGCCGUGAUGCAUUCUGGGAGCGAGCGCUGGAGCUGAUUGACCGGCUGAGCGCUGACAUGCUGCGAAUCAAUGCCGACCCACACUUCUUCACCGAGGUGUUUCAGGACCUGAAGAACCAGGGAGGAGCGAGGGAGAGAGAGAGAGAGAAAGAAAAGGAGGAGAGAGAGAGAGAGAAGCAGGAGAAAGAAAAGGAGAAAGAGAGGGAGGAGGAGGAGGAGAGACAGAAAAUUAAGGAGAAGCAGGAGAGUGGGAAGGAGGAGGAGAAAGAGAACGACGGAGGAAACAGGAUUGAUGAUCUGGAUCGUUAAGAGAGAUGAAAAAAGAAAAGAGAGAGAGAGGAGACCACAGUAUUUGUUAAUGAGACUCACCCAGCAGCUGUCGACCCGCUGAGGUCUGAAUGUAAACCAACUGCACCUGCAGCUUUAACGCUGUUACUAUGGCGACUGACAAGCAGUCAGAUGUCUGACUGAUGUCGGAUUGAUCGUGACCUUUGACCUCCUGCUGGAGACUGAAACGUGGACACUAGCUCACUUUAACUGCAUGCUGUCAAUCAAAACCAACAGUAUCUUCUGAUCGUACCAUUGUGGAUGUAGACGAGUUACCAUGGCAACCUUACAUACAAUCUCCAGCCUUAUUUUAUUUAGUUGCAUAGCUGAAGAAAGCUUAAUGUGUCAGUGUUGCAGGAAGGUAUUUAUUUAUUUAUUACAUUGGUGGUGGUGGCGGGGGCCUUUAAAAACACCAUCAGUCUCCAUCUUGACCCUCUGACAUACACAGCUUUAAUCUGGCUGUUAUGAUGGAUGCUGCAUUAUGGGAAAUGUAGUUCAGCAGCUGCACUUAAAUGACUGAUUGAUCACACAAACAGAGCAGCCAUUAUAAAAACAGCAGGUCAUGUGACCUGGUGAUCAGUUGAUGUGAGUUUGAUGUUUUCUGUCUCCUGUUUUCUUGUCUGAAGGCUGAAUGUAAAACCAGUCAGGUGAACUGAACUGUGCCAACUGUUUUUAUAUAGAAAUCAAACCACUGACAUAAACAACACAAGUCGCCGGAGUGUCUGUCGCCUCUUAUUUCCUCUCUUCACUGUCACCUGAUCAUUGUACUGUCUUCUGUUGUCUUCUAUUAUAUUAUCUUCUAUUCUGACCUACUAAGCCAAAACACAGUAACUACAUAUUUGGUCAAAGUUAAGAUCCAAAACUGACUUUUUCAUGUCUGUAUAAAAAAUAUUCUGAAAUGUAUAAUUCCUGUGAAAGUAGCUUUUUAAAUUUGCACUAACUACAAAACCCAUUCUGUGACUGGAGCUGUGGUUAUGACUAGGGCUGCAACUAAUGAUUAUUUUCAUUGUCGAUUAAUCUGCUGAUUAUUUUCACGAUUAAUCAAUUAAUCGUUUAGUCUAUAAAAAAAUUGUGAAAAAUGCUCAUCACAAUUUCCCAGAGCCCGGGGGCGACUAAUUGAUUAUUUGACUGAUUGUUGCAGCUCUAGUUAUGACUAUAGCUGUGGUUAUGACUGUAGCUGUGGUUAUGACUGUAGCUGUGGUUAUGACUGUAGCUGUUGAUUGUGACUGUAGCUGUGGUUAUGACUGUAGCUGUGGUUAUGACUAUAGCUGUGGUUAUGACUGUAGCUGUGGUUAUGACUGUAGCUGUGGUUAUGACUGUAGCUGUUGAUUGUGACUGUAGCUGUGGUUAUGACUGUAGCUGUUGAUUGUGACUGUAGCUGUGGUUAUGACUGUAGCUGUGGUUAUGACUGUAGCUGUGGUUAUGACUGUAGCUGUUGAUUGUGACUGUAGCUGUGGUUAUGACUGUAGCUGUGGUUAUGACUGUAGCUGUUGAUUGUGACUGUAGCUGUGGUUAUGACUGUAGCUGUGGUUAUGACUGUAGCUGUUGAUUGUGACUGUAGCUGUGGUUAUGACUUUGACUGUAGCUGUGGUUAUGACUGUAGCUGUGGUUAUGACUUUGACUGUAGCUGUGGUUAUGACUGUAGCUGUGGUUAUGACUGUAGCUGUGGUUAUGACUGUAGCUGUUGAUUGUGACUGUAGCUGUGGUUAUGACUGUAGCUGUUGAUUGUGACUGUAGCUGUGGUUAUGACUUUGACUGUAGCUGUGGUUAUGACUGUAGCUGUUGAUUGUGACUGUAGCUGUGGUUAUGACUUUGACUGUAGCUGUGGUUAUGACUGUAGCUGUUGAUUGUGACUGUAACUGUGGUUAGACGGUGUAGUCCCUCAUUCGUCCAGGAGUCUCCUAUCGUAGAAAAGGUUUCAGUCGUGGUCAUCUGGACUACCAUCCGGAAGUCACUGACAUUGAGAAUGACUUCCGGAUGGGAGCCGAAACGUCUUGAUUCUGAAAACAGCGUCCAGACGACGACGACUGAAACAUUUUCUACGAUGUAGCUGUGGUUAUGACUGCAGCUGUGGUUAUGACUGGCUGACUGGUCUUUACAGCACGAGACAAUGGUGAAGACAAUGUUGUAAAGUCAGACACUCCUGCCUGAUUUGAACCUGGUUCAGAUGUGACAGAUGUGUUAUUAAACACCUCAGGAGUUCAGGAAUAACUUCAUCACAACGCCCAGCCAACUCAACCAUGUCAGUUGACACUGGCAUGUAUUUAAUGUAACACUAAUUGUCUGUAGUCUAAUCACAGCUGCAACUGCAGCACGUCAUAAUAAAUAGCCUUGACUCGUUACCUUAACUUUAGCUGCAAUGAUACAGAGCUAUAGCAGAGUUCUCUGACCAGUCUAACCAGUCUGACCAGUUGACCAGUCUCAGGUUGUAUGGAGGUCUUUUUAAUAUUGGACAGGAAAUGUUCACGUGGUUAAUAUUUAAUUUAGCACUACUGUCAGUGGGCAACUAAAACUGUAGUUGUUGCUAAGAGACAGAGUUAGUGUGUAAUCCAAACCACAGAUGUGUUGCAGCAGCUGUGUGUGUGUGUGUGUGUGUGUGUCACUGCAGGGAGUCUUCGCCGCAUCACUUGUCCAGUUUUUGUGAAUAACGGAGACAGAGGUCACAUGAUGCACCUCAGCUUGCUGCUGAUUGGUCCACAUUUGCUGCAGAGAGAGAGAGUUUAAAGAAUAAAUGUGUGGAAAGGCUCCAGAAAAAGGAGAGAGACACAAAGACAGAUAAACAUAAAUAAGAUCAAAUUUAGAGAUGAGAAAAAAGAGACACAGAGAUGAAGUGAAAGAGCCAGCGAGUGAUUUCCUUUAACUCGUCUCCUCGAUUCCUUCACUCGAGUAUCUUCGUCUCCUCUCAGAUGGAAAGAGAUGUGAAGGCGUUUUAUUCACCAAACAGGAAGUCCUCACUGCAGUGUAAUUUUGUGUAGAUGUGAACUCUUCACAUAGUAUAACAAACAGCAGUCUAAUAAAAAUAUAUAAAGUAUAGAAAACUAAAACUGAGAAGAUAUAGACAGAUGAUUUUGGAAAGUUGAACAUGUUUACUAUGACUUUAUUAACAUCAAUCAUUUAGACAUUUGUGCCCCUCCCAUUCCCUCCAAAUGUAAAAAGGUCCAAAAUUCUUACACUUUUCUCACAACUAAAAUCUCACGUUAACUCACAAUUUAAUCCAAAACAUAGUGUUUCAGUUCAGAGACAAAACAACAGAAAAUAAACAACUGCUGAUUACCUCAGAACCACAAGUCUCUGUAAAUACUUUGUCAUGAUGAGUUACAGUUUGAACUUACAGAAGACAUGUACAGCAGACAGUCCAGUGUCAACACUGGAGGAGUCCUCGUCUUCUGCUCUGAGGCUGUGGGACAGGCUGCUUCUGUAAUCACAAUAACAAACAUCAGUGAAUUAAAAGCAUAUAAAAACAGUUUGAACUCAGUUUAAGUAUGGGUGACCAGUGAAAUAGAAAAAAUAACUAACUCUACUCCUUUGUUCUGUAUGAAGCGAAAUGUCACUUCACAGUAAACUCACCUAAUAUUGAGACAACUCAUUACAGACAACUGACUGCCUUUUACAUACAGUGUAUUACACAAAACAUUUAGCCCUGUUAUGGUUUGAGGUUUUGGUUUAGGCAUUUCCUGUUUUAUUUCGACAUACACUCUUCUCCUCGUGUCUUGUAGUUUUACUUCCUGUCUUUGUGUGAUUUCCAUCCAUUUUUGAUUUUCUGCCCUGCCCUGAUUAGUUUCACCUGUGUCUAGUUAUCUCCCCUCACCUGAGUGUAUAUAGUCUGUAUGCUUCCUUUGUUUCUUUGUCAGUUCAUCUUUGUUCUAAAUGUCAAGCAUUCCUGCCCGUUCUUGUAUUUUGGAAUUUACUUGUUGGACUUUCUGCCUGUCAGUUUUGGAUUUUGUUUCUGGAUUGCUCCCUUGGACUUGUUUUCCUCUGUUGGACUGCUCCCCUGGCUGUGACCAUUGCCUGCCUGGAUUCUGUGUAAUAAAUUCUGUAAUAAAACAUUGAACCUCA